CACAGUUGACUGUAAAGUCAUUUACCAGCCUUGAAAGACACUAGGGAGGCUGUAUUCUCCUUAGCACUACUGGUACGGCUAUCUCCACUUUCUGUCACAUAACAGGCCCACAAAUUCACUUGGAGACAGCAUCAUAGUUGCCAAGAGAUUUCUGUCACCGUGAUAAUGGCCAGAAAGCGUGCCAAGUGGCAGGUAGGAGGUUUUGCUGCAGGCACCAUAGCAUGGUUCCUUUGUAUUGUUUCUAUGGGCCUCCCACAAUGGCGAGUGUGGUUCUUUCAAGAUCCCAUGGAUUCCAAGCAUGGCAUGACCUUAGUAGGCAUGUGGAAAACCUGCGUUUACCACCAGUUAAGCAAUUCCACCUUUAAUGGAGUGUGUUACAAAUACACCUACCAGGAUGACUUCAUCCCUCUGGAUAUUCGAGUUGCCCAACAUCUGAUACUCAUCGCAAGCUUUCUUGGCAUUAUUGCCACAAUCUCUGUUAUCGUUGCUCUUUGGAAAUUGAACUCUGGGAGACUACGGAAGAAACCCACCUUCAAUCCAUUCCGUCUUCCAGGAAUUCUGAACAUCACUGCUAGCAGCAUUGUCUUUCUUUCCAUCUUGUACAAUUACUUAUCAAUCAUUCGCAACGAUGGGAUUGCCUUCCCCCCAUCUUUCCAUACACCCUCCUUCCCAGAUCAUCAAAAAGUUGGCACUGCAUUGGCAAUGGCAACUCUAUCCUGUUUCUUAUUUCUUGUAGGUGGCAUAAUUCCCCUUUCUUUCACUCUUCCCCCACGUUCCCGAGUGCGCUAUACUAUUUAAAAGUAAAUGUGCAACUUACAGAAUUGAAAAUCUAAAAUUACCAGGAGUUAUCAAGGCAUUCUUCAGAUACCUACUUAAAAUUUCCAGAUUCAAAACCAUGCCCAAUGAUGACAAGUUGGCAUCCUGUUAUUUCCUGCCUUGGUGGCUUCAGUGAUUCAAUUGGCUUAUGGAUUUUCAUUAAAUAAAAUAUUUCCCAAUU